AUGUCGUAUUCAAGUGUUUUAUCUUAUAGUCCAAUACUAACUCUAACUAGGGUUCCCAGCGACCAAUGCCGCUAUUUUACCAGAACAGUCACUACGUUCUUUCAAACCUUUCAACUUGUAAUAGGCUUAUGUCAGAAAGGUUCAAGCUGCAAAUACAAACAUGAUCAAAACCACAUCAAAUUGUGUCGUCAAUAUUUAUCGAAUAAUUGCCAAAAUAAGAAUUGUCUAUUGUCUCACUCUCCAUCCCAGUAUAAUACUCCCCUUUGCCGUUAUUUCUUGGAGAAUAAGUGUGUCAACCCGCAGUGCACAUAUGAACAUGUCUUACCGAAGAACUACGAUAAACCAAACUAUGAAAUUUGGGUAUGUCGACCUUUUUCUAUUGGUGGUUCCUGUUCUCGUGGAAGAAAAUGUCCAUUCAUGCAUUUGUUUGUUUGCCCUGAUUUCCAAGAAAACGGCGCUUGUCCAAGAGGCAAAUCAUGCACUUUGGCGCAUUCUGCCACUUUAAGUACCCAGAGGCUGAUGCUAUCUAAAGAUAAACUGGAAGCCGAUACGGAAGUUCUUAUUGAGAGUGAUACCGAAGAGAGAGACCCAAUCCCCCAAAUUAUCAAUAGUUACACUAUUGACCCCUCAAUAUUAUUUGAGACUAGCAGAGACGGAAAAUAUGAUAUAUACAUUGACAAUGAUGGAUCUGAAGCAAAGAAUCCUGCGAAAAAUGAAGCAAAUAGUAAUACAUUUAAAGAAAAUUCUGAGUUCAUGAUACAUUUAGAUUCAGACAGUGAACAAGAAAGAGAAACCAAUUCUGCUCGAGACUCACAUGAGAGUGAACUUGACGAUUUACAGGAAAAUAAUGAUUAUAUAGAAUUCUGA